AUGACGAUGGUGGUUUCGAUGGUGGUGAUUACGAUUGGAAUCAACAUGAUGCCAAAAGAAAUUGUGUCGUGUUACGGCGGAGGUUUCGACAUCGCGGCGGUGGUCAUGGUGGUGGAAGAGAAAACUCGCGAUUGUGGCCGUCGCUUGGGCAUGGCAACCGUGGCGUCUCUUGGGAAGAGACUUUUGUUACGUUUCAAUGGGGCCACGUGUCUCAUUGCUAAUGGACCGUUUCACAAACAGAGAGAGUUUUUGGAUCUGAUCAACAACGAUGCAGGUCACUUUUCUCUCGAAGAAUCCAUCGAAAUCGACGGUGAAUUAGACGGCGAAGAAGAAGAAGAGUUUUCGUAUGCUUGUGUAAACGCACAAGGAUCUUCAAUAAUUUCCGGCGAAACUUUCGAAGAUGGUCAAAUUCGUCCUUCUGUGGAAAACGACAGCGAGGAAGGGAUCGAGGAAGGAAACGAUGGCAUUUCGGUAAUCGACGGAGACACCUGGCCGCCGACGAAAAACUACGACGGCGAUGAUUUAGCCGGUCAAGAGAUUGAAGAGAUUGAGAUCUGGGUCUCACGGUUAAAUUAG